UUUUAAUACCUAGAUAAAGAAAUAGAAGGGGAUAUUGUUAUUGUUACAACCACGUAUAUACUGCAAGUUCACAGAUAAGGGGCGUCCCCCCGUACAAGCGGACAGCUACCCGUCACAUCUUUGUUGACAAAGAAGACUUAUCCGCGCCCGAAAGCACUCAUCUGUAGAUAUUUAAAUACAGUGGAAAGCACUCAUCUGUGGGAAAUUCAGUGAAUGAGAGAAAUUCGCUCUCCAAACAUCGGCGGCUGUUUUUGGACAAACAUCGAGCCACACUAACCUAAGGAGUUUUUGCACCCGCGUUAUUUGGAGAUUAACCUCUCUUGAAAUUGUGAAGACUCCGAAAGCUGUCCUGAAAGAAAUACUUUAGACUUUUUUCUUCGUAAAAAAGCAAUUUCAGCUAUGGCUACAGAAUCGUCUGAGGUGAAACUGACCAUUGGAAAUGAAAACGUGAAAGCAAAUGACGUCACAGGUGGAAUGGAAAUUGACAUUCAUGAGCGGGACCCCAACAACCUGCACGAUGACCUCAAGAUCCAGUUUCAAGAAAUAAUUGGGGAGCCUCAUACAGAUGUCUUCUCCAUUGACUGUGUGUGGACCAACAGCUUCAAGGUUUUCACUAACACGAAAAUCUGGUGCUACAGAAUCACCAGCUUGAUUUGCGCACUUCCGGUGUCCUUCUGCUGGGGAGUCUAUUUUGCAUGUUUUGCGUUCCACAACAUAUGGCUAUUGAUGCCAUGCCUGAAAGCCUAUGGAAUGAACCUACGGUUACUUCGAUCCUGUUUCAACAGCAUUAUAGAGACAUUCGUCAAGCCCUGCUACCUGGCGGCUGGUUAUAUUUUCUACAACAUCAGGAUAACGAAAGGAAGUGGGGACUGAUCUCAGAAGUGUUUCUGUGCGCAUGUGUGAAAUUUUCGUAACUGUGUACAUAAUAUAUGACCUGAUGCAAUACCGGCGACUCGAUCAUCUUUUGUCUAACAUAUCUUUAUUUUUCAAAUUGAAAGAUUCUCAUAUGUAAUUAUUCGGUUUCAUAUCUAAUAACUUUAAUGUUUGUAUGUGAACUGUAUUGUUAUCACACGCAUCCUGGGACUUGAACUCUCUCCUACGGUGAGUGUCUUACUUGUGACAUAUUGAUGUGUAAUGUACAUAUGAAUAAAGAUUAUGUAUAUAUAUAUGUAAAAAAAAAAAUCUCUCGACUUAAUGCCGUGAAAA